AUGUCCGAACCAGGCCCUGAAUCAAUUCCCACAAGCGCGGAUCCCCGCAGCAAGCGGCCAACAAAACGGCGCGCUGUGACACCGCAUUCCGAGGUCGCCAACGAGAUCCAGACACUCUUCAAAGACCCGAGCAAAGACUUGCAACUACCCAAUGCGCCGAAGCCGCGCACCGUGGCGUCUCUCUCGGCGCCGCCAGAGAUCGUCACCAAUGUGCAGGGUUCAUCGGCCGGUGCGGGCUCCGGCGAAUUCCACGUGUAUAAGGCCAGUCGGCGGCGAGAGUAUGAACGGUUGCGGAUGAUGCAGUCCGAGGUGGAUAAUGAGAAGAAUGAUGAAGCUUGGGAGAAAGAGCGGGCGGAGACGAAGCGCAAGGAUGAUGAGAAGACGGAGAAGAAUCGGAGGAGGAGGGAGAAGAAGAAGAAUGCGCGCGGGAAGAAGGGUGGUAAUGGUGGUGGCGAUGAGAUGGAUAUUGCUCCUGUGAAGGACUCCGCUGCUCCGGGCUCAAUGGUCACUAUGGGAGACCAAGAUGGAGGCGCUGGAGAGGGCCAAUUAGGCCAGCAGGAGGUUCCUGGUGUUAUUUUCCAUGAUGAGGACUAG